UUAUGCUGCUGACUGAUCCAGAGGUUGAGAGCAGCUUAUUGAUUAGUUCUGAUGAAGGAGCCACCUAUCAAAAAUACCGGCUGAACUUCUACAUCCAUAGCCUGCUCUUCCACCCGAAGCAGGAAGACUGGAUCUUAGCAUAUAGUCAAGAUCAGAAGUUGUUCAGUUCAGUGGAGUUUGGCAGAAGAUGGCAGCUUCUUCAUGAGGGAGUUGCACCAAACAGGUUCUACUGGUCUAUGAUGGGAUCCGGUAGAGAGCCUGACCUUGUGCACUUAGAGGCCAAGACAGUGGACGGUCAUGCUCAAUACAUCACCUGCAGGAUGCAGAACUGCAGUGAAGCAACCCGCAGCAAACCCUUUCCAGGCUAUAUUGACCAUAAUUCUCUGAUAGUCCAGGAUGAUUAUGUCUUUGUGCAGUUGACAUCAGGAGGAAGACCACAUUAUUACGUUUCUUAUAGGAGGAAUGCAUUUACACAGAUGAAGCUGCCAAAGUAUUCCUUGCCUAAGGACAUGCAUGUUAUCAGCACGGAUGAGAAUCAGGUGUUUGCAGCUGUUCAAGAGUGGAACCAGAAUGAUACCUACAACCUGUACAUCUCCGACACCCGAGGAGUGUACUUCACCCUGGCCUUAGAAAACGUCAAGAGUAGUCAAGGGCUGGAGGGGAAUGUGAUGAUUGACCUCUAUGAGGUAGCAGGGAUAAAGGGGAUGUUCUUGGCUAACAAGAAGAUUGCCAACCAAGUGAAAACUUUCAUCACCUACAAUAAAGGAAGAGACUGGAGCUUGUUGCAGGCUCCGGACACUGAUCUGAGAGGAAACCCCGUUCACUGUCUCCUACCCUAUUGUUCCCUUCAUCUUCACCUGAAGGUCUCAGAAAAUCCCUACACCUCAGGAAAUAUCGCCAGCCGAGACACUGCCCCUGGCAUUAUUGUAGCUUCAGGAAAUAUAGGUACUGAACUAUCAGAGAAUGAUAUCAGCAUGUUUGUUUCUUCUGAUGCUGGGAACACAUGGAAACAGAUUUUUGAAGAUGAGCACAGUGUUCUAUACCUGGAUCAAGGUGGAGUACUUGUUGCUAUGAAGCACACAUCCUUGCCUAUCAGACAUCUCUGGUUAAGUUUUGAUGAAGGGAGCUCUUGGAGCAAAUACAGCUUCACAUCACUCCCACUGUUCGUUGAUGGAGUGUUAGGGGAACCUGGAGAGGAAACUCUCAUCAUGACAGUGUUUGGGCAUUUCAGCCACCGCUCAGAAUGGCAGCUGGUGAAAGUGGACUACAAAUCCAUUUUUGAUCGGAGAUGUGCAGAAGAGGACUACAGACCUUGGCAACUCCAUAGCCAGGGAGAAGCUUGCAUCAUGGGAGCAAAAAGGAUCUACAGGAAGCGCAAGUCAGAGAAGAAGUGCAUGCAAGGAAAGUAUGCCAGGGCUAUGACCUCAGAGCCAUGCGUGUGCACAGAGGCAGAUUUUGACUGUGAUUACGGAUACGAACGUCACAGCAAUGGACAGUGUUUGCCAGCAUUUUGGUAUAACCCAUCUUCCUUGUCAAAAGACUGUAGCCUUGGACAGAGUUAUCUCAACAGCACUGGGUAUCGGAAAGUUGUUUCUAAUAACUGCACAGAUGGUGUAAGAGAACAGUACACAGCAAAACCGCAGCAAUGUCCUGGCAAAGCCCCCCAGGGACUUCGUAUAGUCACAUCUGAUGGCAAACUGACAGCUGAUCUAGGACACAACGUCACUUUCCUAAUCCAACUGGAAGAGGGAGACCUCCAGAGAUCCAUCAUCCAAGUGGACUUUGGAGAUGGCAUUGCUGUGUCAUACGCCAAUCUCAGUUCAACAGAAGAUGGGAUCAAGCAUAUUUACCAGAAUGUGGGCAUAUUCCGAGUGACUGUGCUAGUGGAAAACAGCCUGGGAUCUGACAAUGCUGUCCUGUACUUGCAUGUAACAUGCCCUUUGGAACACGUUCACUUGUCUCUCCCAUUUGUCACCACAAAGAACAAAGAGGUCAACGCCACGGCAGUCCUGUGGCCAAGCCAAGUUGGAACACUUACUUAUGUCUGGUGGUUUGGGAACAACACCGAGCCACUGAUCACACUGGAAGGCAGCAUCACAUUCACGUUCUCUGUGGAAGGGAUGAAUACCAUCACUGUUCAGGUCUCCGCAGGAAACACCAUUCUGCAGGACACAAAGACUAUUGCUGUGUAUGAGCAAUUUCAGUCCCUCCGGUUAUUGUUCUCUCCAAACUUGGAUGACUACAACCCGGAUAUUCCAGAGUGGAGACGGGACAUCAGUAGAGUAGUCAAGAGAGCUCUGGUGGAGGCAACAGGUAUUUCAAGCAAGCAUAUUCUGGUCGCGCUGCUCCCUGGUUUGCCUACAUCUGCUGAGCUCUUCAUUUUACCGUAUCAAGAUGCCAUGGGAGAAAAUAAAAGAACAGCAGCAGACUUAGAACAGAUUUCAGAAAGAAUGAUCCAGAAACUGAACCAAAAUUUGGUCCAUUUUGACCUUAAGCCAGGGGUUCGAAUCCUUGUCCAUGCUGCUCAUUUAACAGCAGCUCCCCUGGUGGACCUCACUCCAGCUAUGCUGAUGCUCCUGUCCGUGGUUUUUGUGGGACUAGCUGUGUUUGUAAUUUACAAGUUCAAAAGGAAGAUUCCUGGCCUUAAUAUAUAUGCACAGAUGCAGAAUGAAAAAGAUCAAGAGAUGGUCAGUCCAGUCAGUCAGAGGGAAAGCAUACCUAAUGUCCCUCAAAGUGAGCUGAUGAGCCCUGAGCAACUAGUAGAGGAGAAGUUGGAUAUCCAGCCCAUAGAGCAACCCCAGGCCACAGUCCAGAGCCCAAGGAAAGGAAAUGCAACCAAGGUAGUCUGGACAGAGGACUUCCAAAAGGCUUGUGGAUCACCAAGAGGUUUCAAGCAAAGACCCGGAGCGGAAGUAUUUCCACAGCUGCUGAGCCCCAGAGCACAAAAGAAAUCCCUACCUAUGUAAAUGGUUGAAUUGAGGACACCAGUAUAUAUGUAUAUCUUAAAAAAAAAAAAAAAAAAAAAAAAAAGAGAGAGAGAGCGCUCACUGCAUUUGGACUUUUUAAUUCUUCAGAUGACAAAGGGUUUUUAGCUUUAAGCCUGUGCAUGUGGACAUUAUCCCAGACCAUAGUGGAACUGCAUUGUACAGGUGUUCAAUUUUAGUGGGAGCUGGGAGGGGGGAAACGAUACCACUACUCACCCCUGUGGCUCUUGCCCUCACCCCUCCACUUCUCUUUUUUCUUAUCUGUCUCUAAUUUGUAGGAAAUUCAUAAUUGAUAUAGGCCAAGAAUAUGC